UGAUCCAUGAUCUUAUCAUAGUGUAGUAAUUGUAUAGGUGACGUACUUACUUAGAUCACAUAAAUGACGGGCUGGCUGAUAACACAUACAAGUUGUUUCGUACAGUACAUACUACUAUCUACAUACACGUAUGCAGGGUAUACAGCGUUCAACGAUUAUCCAGGACGUUGCGAGUUGCGAGUUGCGAGUGAUCUGCGAGUGUUGCGAAUAGUCGUGGUGAGAGUCGUGAAAUUUGCAGAGAAACGAGGCUUUGUCGAUGACAAUCGGGAGAAUGACGGAGCACAAGGGCAUGUCUUUUUAUAAUUCCUGCGUGAAAGUUCCAGUAGAUCCUUACAGUAGACAACCAACUCCGUCGUAUGAACGUAUGAAAUCUAGAAGGGGUGAAAGGGAUAAGAUACACUUUGUGCGGAACGAAGAAUCGAUCAGUGAUUUCGAGUCGUCUAGUCCUAGAGAGAUCGUCGACGAUUUUCUGAAAUUUUUGGGAAGCAUACCAGAUUACGGUCAAGUUCAUCAUUUAUCGAAUGAACAGUUCAAGCGAGAGGUCGAUCACUUGAGGAGGAAACAGAAGUUAUUGUUGAACAAUUUAGAAAAUUCGCUUGCCGAUCAUGAGGACGUGUCGAAAUUUUCAGUGUGUAAAUUGAAUCGAGAAUCAAAAAAAGCAAAAAGUAAGAGUAGCUCGACCGAUGAGCUGACAUUAAAUGGGAAAAAAUGCUAUUUAGAAGAUUGUAGGGCUACCAGUCCGAUACUUGUUUCUUCUAGACUCAAUAGACUUGCAGAAGAUCUGGAUCCUCCCGGGACAACCAGAUGCGACGAGAGAGAAAGAGAAGAUGAGAAUCAGUGUAAGGAGAAAGUGUAUUUAAUCAAUGGCAGAGAUUGGGAUGUUUGGGACAAAUUAAAUAACGAUGACUAUAUUGGUAGCGAUAUAGACACCAUGGAGACGAGAAGUUUGCCAGGAAACGAUUCGAAAGAAUGGCAUCCUACCGUACCCAAGCCGUUUACUUUUACCUUGAGAGAGGAAGCGGACAAGUAUAUGAGAGGCGGCGGCGGCAGCGGCGGCGGCGGCGGCGGCGAGACACAGGAAGAGGAUCGUAGAAAUUUCAGAAACAGUAAAAAAAGUGCUUGUAAGAGGCGACGCGUAAGACCGAUCCCGCUCACCUCGAAACUUCCGCUUUACGAUAGACUGUUGGCGCAGAAGGAACAGCGGAGUCGCAUGAUUCGCGAAGAGAGCGCAUUAAAUUUAAUGUCUCAAGUACGACCUUUCAAACUCGAAUGCGACCGACGAGCCUGGAGAUCUUUGGCAAGAUCCAGUCCGGAGCUUCGUGGCAAGACCGUUGAGACGGGUGUCAAGUUCAAGGCUAAACCCGUACCAAGAAAUCUGUUUAGUACCGAAGUGUACGAUCGCAUGCUCGAAGACGAAUAUUACAGGCAACUGCAGAAGAAAGUGAGAGCCGCGCAAUUGAUGAAGUCAUCCUCGUUACCGCCGUCGAUGGCUAGACGAGAACGCGCGAAAUCUGCAUUUGCGCGUACGCAGGGUCUAACCAAGCGUUCUAACGAGAAUACUACAAAUGAAAACACCUCGCCAGCGUUGGACAACGAUCCGGUACCAUUGGAAAGAUGCAGAUCUACGAUGUCGUCGCUAAUACCUGUGCGAGGAAACAACUUAGCAGCAAUUUUGAGAUGUCAAGUUUCUCGGGAGAAAUUAGAACGAGAGAUAAGAGAAAAGAUGGAAGAGAAACGACGGGAACAGGAAGCGAAAAUUAGAGAAUGUUUGGUCGGACGUAAUCCAGUAUGGCGAGCUUUGAGAUCUGCGGCAAGGCAUGAACACGAAAGAGAUAUAAGUAUUCGAACUUCGCUUCGUCGCGACGAAGCUCGCGAACAAGCGGAACGUCAUCGAUUGCAAAUGGAAAUGAUGUUGGAUCGCGUGACGCAGAUACCGACUCUCUUCGAACGUCAUUCCCAAAAGCCGCCGCCGCCGCCUCUGGCACAACCCCAACGGAAAGCUAGCGAUUCGAAGAGGUUGCGACGGAAAAAAAAGGAGAAGCAUCCCGGGAGAGCAUCGAGCAGCGUAGAGUUGUACAUGGACGAUGAACAUGUGUCCAGAUCUGAUUCUGGGUCGCUGACCAGUUCCUCGGGUAUCCUCGUUUCGGCCAGCCAGUCGUGUACGAAGUCGUCGUCGUCAUCCGACACGUCUACGUCCACUAAGAAUUCGGAAAAAUCGACGAUCAAACCUCGAUGGUCGGCGUCGAGGAGUAGGCUGCAACGCAGUCAAUUAAAAGUUUCUAUAAACGAGACCGCGGAGCUGAUCGAAGAUCGAAAGGACGAUGAACAAGGGAUGCGCGUCGGUGAGCGUUCGAACUCUGACGAUCGCAAUGAAGAUUUACGGAGCGUCGAAGAUAAUUCAACGAGAUAGUAAGCGAUUCAACUAUUUAAUUUAAUUCUUCUUUCUGCCCGUGUCGUGUUACGUACUUACGAUUAAUUGCGAUGAGACGAUGAUCGGAGGAAGUUUGUGCGAAGUAUCGAUGUCGUAUCGAGUAUCUUUAAGCUUCCAAAUUGUAUUUCUUUCUUUCUUUCCUCCUUUAUUUAUUUAUUUAUUUAUUUAUUUAUUUAUUUAUUCACGCAUAUAUUAAAAUAAUAGUUUCCGAGAAUUCGUUUGAACGUUAAAAAAGUUGGAGCGAUAAAAAUUAUGUGACGCGAUCAAUAUAUGCAAUCAUGUAUAAUCGUAAUGUAACAAGUUGCAUAGUAAACAGGACUUGUAUACACGAA